ACCCUUCUGCUUUCAGCCCCCUCUCUCUCUCUGCAACUAGAGAGGGAAAACACCUACCCUCAUCCUCUCUCAUGGCGUCUCCGACGUUGAAGAAGAACUACAGGUCCACACCGGCGCUGCAGCAAUUCUACACAGGCGGCCCCUUCGCCGUCGCUUCCGACGGCUCCUUCAUUGUCUGCGCCUGCGACGAUGCCAUCAAAAUCGUGGACUCCUCCAAUGCUUCAAUCAGGUCUGUCGUCGAAGGUGACUCACAGACCGUCACAGCUCUCGCUCUCAGUCCCGAUGACAGACUGCUUUUCUCCUCGAGCCAUAGCAGGCAGAUUAGGGUUUGGGAGCUUUCAUCGCUCAAGUGUAUUCGCUCUUGGAAGGGGCAUGAGGGUCCUGUGAUGGGCAUGGCUUGUGAUGCCUCAGGUGGAGUGCUUGCAACAGCAGGAGCUGAUAGGAAAGUCCUUGUAUGGGAUGUUGAUGGGGGUUACUGCACUCAUUAUUUCAAAGGCCACAAAGGGGUUGUUACUAGUAUCAUUUUCCAUCCCGAUGUGAAUCGUCUUCUUCUUGUAUCUGGAAGUGAUGAUGCGACUGUAAGAGUGUGGGAUCUCAUGAGCAAGAAGUGUGUUGCAACCCUGGAAAGGCACUUUUCAGCAGUGACUUCUUUGGCAGUGUCUGAAGAUGGAUGGACCUUGCUCAGUGCUGGAAGAGACAAGGUUGUAAACUUGUGGGACCUUCAUGACUAUAGCUGCAAAUUGACUGUCCCAACAUAUGAGGUGCUUGAAGGCGUAUGUGUGAUUCAUUCCAAGUCUCCCUUUGCUUCAUCUCUAGAUUCAUACAAACGGCAGAAGGGUAGGAAGAAGAAAAGUGAGUCACCAGCAAUUUAUUUUAUCACGGUUGGAGAACGUGGGACUGUUCGAAUAUGGAACUCUGAAGGUGCAGUUUGCCUAUUUGAGCAGCAAUCCUCGGAUGUCACUGUCAGCUCAGACAGUGAUGACUCUAAAAGGGGUUUCACUGCUGCCACUAUCCUGCCCUUAGAUCAAGGAUUGCUUUGUGUGACUGUUGAUCAACAGUUUCUUUUCUAUUCUACACUGACAUAUUCUGAAGAGAUGUUGAAGUUAAUGCUGAGUAAAAGGCUUGUAGGAUAUAAUGAAGAGAUUGUGGAUAUGAAGUUUCUUGGUGAGGAUGAACAAUUUCUUGCUGUUGCUACAAAUCUUGAACAGGUACAAGUGUACGACCUUGCCUCCAUGUCAUGUUCCUAUGUACUGUCAGGUCAUACUGGCAUUGUUCUCUGCCUUGACACCUGUGUAUCGAGUUCUGGAAGAACAUUUGUCGUAACAGGAAGCAAGGACAACAGUGUUAGGUUAUGGGAAUCAGAAAGCAGAUGUUGCAUUGGUGUUGGUACAGGUCAUACUGGAGCUGUUGGAGCUGUUGCUUUUUCAAAGAAGUGGCGGAACUUCUUUGUUAGCGGUAGUAGUGACCGCACCCUCAAGGUUUGGAGUUUGAAUGGUCUGUCUGAUGACACAGAACAGCCUAUCAGUUUGAAGGCAAAAGCAGUUGUAGCUGCCCACGAUAAAGAUAUAAAUUCAUUGGCUGUUGCACCAAAUGAUAGUCUUGUUUGUAGUGGUUCUCAGGACCGCACUGCUUGUGUAUGGAGGCUUCCUGAUCUAGUGUCUGUGGUUGUACUUAAAGGGCAUAAGAGGGGUGUUUGGUCUGUAGAGUUUUCACCAGUUGAUCAAUGUGUUAUGACAGCAUCUGGUGAUAAAACAAUAAAGAUAUGGGCCAUAUCUGAUGGUUCAUGCCUGAAAACAUUUGAAGGGCAUACAUCAAGUGUGUUAAGAGCAUCAUUCCUUACUCGUGGAACUCAAGUCGUUUCUUGUGGUGCUGAUGGUUUGGUAAAGUUAUGGACCAUUAAAACUAAUGAAUGCAUUGCCACUUAUGAUCAACAUGAGGACAAGGUUUGGGCCCUGGCUGUUGGGAAGAAGACAGAAAUGCUUGCAACUGGUGGCAGUGAUGCUGUUGUCAAUCUGUGGCAUGACUCUACUGCUUCUGAUAAAGAGGAAGCUUUCCGUAAGGAAGAGGAAGGGGUUCUAAAAGGACAAGAACUGGAAAAUGCUUUAUCGGAUACUGACUACACUAAAGCAAUCCAAAUUGCAUUCGAACUUCGCAGACCUCACAAACUUUUUGAGUUGUUUGCCGAGCUUAGCAGGAAGAGGGAGGCUGCAGACCAAGUAGAAAAAGCCCUUCAUGCCCUUGGCAAGGAAGAAUUUCGUCUGCUGCUUGAGUAUGUUCGAGAAUGGAAUACAAAGCCCAAGCUCUGUCAUGUUGCACAAUUUGUGCUUUUCCGGGUUUUCAGCAUGCUUCCCCCAACAGAGAUUACUGAGAUGAGAGGCAUUGGAGAACUCCUUGAAGGUAUCAUCCCAUAUUCCCAGAGGCAUUUCAGCAGGAUGGACAGACUCAUAAGGGGCACAUAUUUGUUGGACUACACCCUAACAGGAAUGUCAGUCAUUGAACCAGAAACUGAUGCCAAAGAGAUCAAAGACGAGCCGGAGACAUGGUCAGAAGUGAAGGAUUCAGGCGACCGGCCAUCACCAGAAAAUGCAGAUGAAGAGCAAGAACAAACCCUAGAAGGGCUGAAAGAGAAGGCAUCUUCAAAGAAACGGAAAUCGCGUAAAUCUGGAGACAGUGCACAGAAGAAAGUCAAGGAGACAGCUUACACGAAGAUCUCAGCCAUCUCAUUACAGGCGUAACACAUCAACAAAAUGCUUCUCUUUUUCUGUUUGUUUGCUAAUUUGUUUUAUUUUCCAUCACCAAAUUUAGGGUCCUUGAAUUUUUCUAGAGAAAAUGCCAGAUUUGUUGUAGAGGAUGGAGGAAGAAAAGAAAGGAAACUGUACCAUUGUUACAUUGUAUACCAAAUUUUGAUCGUUUCAGGGUAUAGGGUAGUGUAAAUUAUGAUUUCCUUUGGUUGAAUUGUAACCCUA